CGACCACCGUAGCCGGAACGUCAGAAUCCAUAUGGGCAGAAUCUUUCCAAACAUCUCUUCUGUGGCUGCUUGUCUCAGUGACACUAAUCAAAUGAUAGCACUGUUAGGGUUGACCCCACUCUUGAACUGAUAAUUGUAUGCUACAAAAUGGAGUACCUGCUUCAGGUGAAAAUAGGAGCCCUGAUCGGUUUAUUGCUCUUAACUCUUCUUUUUGGAUUUAUCCCUGCUCGAGUCAAAUGGUUCAGAGACACAAACGGGACAGAAAUCCACCGCACAGUUCUGAGUCUGAUCAGCUGUUUUGCCGGAGGGGUUUUCCUGGCAGCAUGUCUGCUCGACAUUAUUCCAGAUUAUCUGUCAGACAUCAACACUGAGCUUGAAGCUCGGAAGGUGGAGAUCAGUUUCCCCGUUCCAGAGUUCAUCAUGGCUGCCGGCUUCUUCACAGUCCUCAUACUGGAGAGGAUUGUCCUGAACUGUCGGGAGAUGAGAGGGUCUCAGGAGGAGAGGGCACCCCUUAUACCGAACUCUAACAGAAAUGGACACAGCCAUGGAACAGGUCCAGAUCUGGAGAGCAGCGGCCACCACGUCCAUGUUGACUUUCAGGCUCACUCCCCCUUUCGCUCCUUCAUGCUCUUCCUCUCUCUCUCGCUCCACUCGGUUUUUGAGGGUCUUGCUAUCGGCCUACAGAGCACAAACUCAAAGGUAUUAGAGAUCUGUAUUGCUAUACUGGUCCACAAGAGCAUCAUAGUGUUCAGCCUGUCUGUGAAGCUGGUCCAGAGCGCAGUUCGCCCAUUAUGGGUGGCUACUUACAUCGGUGUGUUCGCCAUGAUGUCGCCUAUAGGAAUCGGCAUUGGCAUCAGUGUGACGGAGGCUCAUCUAGCGGCUGGAGCACUCAUCCAGGCCAUCCUGGAGGGGCUUGCCGCGGGGACGUUUAUUUACAUCACCUUUCUAGAGAUCCUCCCACACGAGCUCAACUCCCCCGGGAAGCAGCUUCUCAAGGUGCUCUUCAUCCUGCUGGGCUUCAGCGUCAUGGCAUCUCUGACGUUUCUGGGCUGAGACUGAGAACAGACUGUACUUCAGCUGUCAGUAUGUGACCUGGACACUUUGUGGCAACUUCCGCAGCUCACACAAACGUGUGUACAGAAAGACAAACUGCCUUUAUCAGAAAAAAUGACGUCGGUUUCCAACCGCCCACCUCCUGGAGUUUUAAAUGUCAAAGGGAACGGAACACAUGUCGGUGUUUUAUUGCUUUCAAUAUACUUUUAAAACCAUUUUUGUAUAUACAAUUUCUUUUUAAGAGGAUUUUAUGUAAAGAGGAACCACUUAGUGCAAUGCUAAGUUUAUGAAAGACUAAGAGAAGCACAGUAGAAAUGAAUGGCAUAUCACUGAGUCCCCUCAUUUGUCACUGUCCUUGCUUUGGACCUGCAAACAAAACAGAGCAUCUGACCUUUGACACUGUUGAGGAAAUCAUUGAAAACAAAGCGCCAUGUUGUAUGUAAAUGAUACCUUAUAAUUAAUCAAAUCACAGUAUAUGAGUACCACCAGAUCUUUAAGGUUUACGUUUUAGAUGUAGUUUGCAGCAUCAGGCUGCUUUCACUUGACAUUACAAACUAACUGGAAUAGCAACAUUUCAUACAUUUUUUUUCCAAUAAACUAGUGUAUAUGUAGUGUAUAUGUAAACUGUGCUGUAUGCCAAAAUACUGUUUGCACUUUUCCAAUAAAGAAGCAGGAAUAACCUCCACAAAUGAUUAAGGCUAAAAUGUACAGCACACUAUUUGAAAAAGCUGAUCUCUAUUAUUUACAAUAUGUUGACUCACUUAAGUCCAUUCACUUUUUCCACUCUGCCGCUUUAUGAACUUUCUCAAUGUAGAGUGCUUAUAGUUCUCUAUUUUGAUUGGACAAAAUGAAGCGUUGAACAUCAGCAAAAAGAGAAAUCCAAGAUAAAGAAUUAAUUCUGCAAAUUGAUACCUAUGGUAUUUCACAAGCGCACAUGCUUGUAUUUGUGUCAAGAAAUCAAACCAAGCAGGACACCACACUACAUCACAUUGGGUACAUUAUUUCACUGUUAGUAGAGUAAGUGACAAACAAGAUAUUUUCCAAACACAAACUCCAGCAUGUCUGUGCAUCCAGCCUGCUUACACUUAAGUCAAUAAGUAUAUUAAGUCCAAUUACUGUUAACUGUCUAUUGUUUAGUCGCGCUUCCUGUUUUAGUCAUGUGAAAGUCAGAUUGUCGAACAAAGAGUAGGAAGUUGGAAGGUACGUAUUGGUUUAUCCGUAUACAGCAAAAAAGAAGUUGUGUAAAUGCAAUUAAAUGAGUCUCAAAUUUACUUUUUUUUCUUCCAUUAAAAGUCAUCUGAUCAAGACUAAUGAAACAUAAUGUGUAAAAAUAACUUGUUUGUACAGUUCAAAAGCAUCAACUGUCUUUUCGUAUGCAAGUCUACAUUAUUCUGUGCCUUAUGAUUGUUAAUCUCAUGAGAACAACAAUUUUGAUGUUUGUUGUUUAAACUUGAUCAAAUUAAAGUUUAAAGGGGA